CAUAAACAGAGUAACAUAGUGUACGCUAUGCUUGAGGAGGAAAUUGUUACUUUUGUGAAAAAUGAGCUACAAAAAUUCAAGAACUUUCUGAGUCAAAAAUGUCCAGAAGGCACACAAAAAAAGAUUAUGAGAGAAGAUUAUGAAUCAACGGCUGAUAAAAAAGAUGAGAUCAGCGAUGGUGACACAUUUCUGAGACUCACACUGAGCUUCCUGAGAAGAAAGAAGCAGGAUCAGCUGGCUGAUUCUCUGCAGAGAAAAACUUCUGCUGCCAUUUGCCAACAUAAAUUAAAGUGUAACCUGAGGACAAAGUUUCAGUGCUUGUUUGAGGGGGGUGUCCGAGCAGAGAACCCCACCCGUCUGAAUCAGAUCUACACAGAGCUCCACAUCUUAGAGGGUGAGAACAGAGAUGAUCAUCAUCAUGAGGACAGACAGAUACAACCUGCCUCCUUGAAACCUGGAAGUUCAGCUGACAUCUUUUUUGGGAAUAUUUUAAAACCUUUAUCUGGAACACAUGAGCCAGUCAGAACUGUGGUGACAAAAGGAGCUGCUGGAAUUGGAAAAACAGUCUUGACACAAAAAUACAUUUUGGACUGGGCUGAAAACAAAGCCAACCACAAUAUACAGUUUAUCUUCCCAUUCACUUUCCGAGAGCUCAAUUUGCUGAAAACGAAACAGUGCAGCUUGGUGGAACUUAUCCAUUAUAUGUUUACUGACACCAAAGAAGCAGGAAUCUGCAGCUUUGAAGAGUUUCAGGUUGUGUUUAUCCUGGAUGGUCUGGAUGAGUGUCGACUUCCUCUGGACUUCCACAACAACAGCAUUGUGACUGAUGUUACAGAGUCCACCUCACUGGAUGUACUGCUGACCAACCUUAUUAGGGGGAACCUGCUUCCCUCUGCUCGCCUCUGGAUAACAACACGACCUGCAGCAGCCACUCUGAUCCCUCAUGAGUGUGUUGACAUGGUGAAAGAGGUCAGAGGUUUCAUGGACUCACAGAAGGAGAAGUACUUCAGGAAGAGAUUCAGGGAUGAAGAGCAGGCAAAUACAAUGAUCUCACACAUCGGGACAUCACGAAGCCUCCACAUCAUGUGCCACAUUCCGGUCUUCUGUUGGAUCACCUCUACAGUUCUCGAGGAUGCGCUGCAGUUCAAAGAGAAGACAGAACUUCCUGCAACCCUGACUGAGAUGUACAUCCACUUCCUGUUAACUCAGAUAAAACAAGAUAAUGCAAAGUAUCAUAGAAAAGCCGAGACAGAUUCAGUGUGGAACACAGAAGCCAAGAAGAUCCUUCUGGCUUUGGGAAACCUUGCUUUUGAGCAGCUGCAGAAAGAAAACCUGAUAUUUUCUGAAACAGAACUAAAAGAGUAUGGCAUUGACAUCAAAACUGGACCACUCUGCUCAGGACUGUUCAUAGAGGUCUUCAAUACGAAGCAUGGGUUGAGCCAGGAGAGGGUGUUUUCCUUUGUCCAUCUGAGCAUUCAAGAGUUUCUGGCUGCACUUCAUGUCCUUCUAACAUUUGUCAACACUGGUGUCAAUCUACUGAGAAGACGUCGAUUGUCAGUAAAACAUGAGCAUGCAUGUAAGAAACUCUACCAGGACGCAGUGGACCAGGCUUUACAAAGUCCAAAGGGGCACCUAGACUUGUUUGUUCGCUUCCUGCUGGGUCUUUCACUGGAUACUAAUCAGACUUUCCUACAAGGCCUGCUGAAAAAGACAACAAGUAAACCAAAGGUCAGAGAAAAGCUAGUGCAGUACAUCAAGCAGAAGAUCAGACACCAUCCUUCUCCAGAGAGAAGCAUUAAUCUGUUUCACUGCCUAAAUGAACUCAAUGACAAUUCUUUAGUGGAGGAAAUCCAACAGCUUCUGAGAUCAGGAAGCUUCUUUGAAAACAAACUCACUUCUUCUCAGUGGUCAGCACUAGUCUUCAUCUUACUGUCAUCACAAAAAGAUCUGGACAUGUUCGACCUGCAGAAAUUCUCUGCUUCAAAUGACGGUCUUCUGCACCUGCUGCCAGUGGUCAAAGCAUCCCAAAAAUCUCUCUUGAGUAGCUGUAACCUUUCUUGGAAAAGCUGUCUGGGUCUGUCCACAGUUUUAAACUCAGAGAAGUCUAAUCUGAGAGAGCUGGACCUGAGCAACAAUGACCUGCGUGAUGGAGGCAUAAACCUGCUCUCAACUGGACUCGAGAGUCCACAGUGUAGACUAGAGAUUCUCAGGUUAUCAGGCUGUCUGAUCACAGAGACAGGCUGUUGUGUCCUGGCUUCAGCUCUGAACUCCAACCGCUCUAAUCUGAGGGAGCUGGAUAUGAGCUUUAAUCAUCCAGGAGACUUGGGACUUCAACUACUGUCUGCUUUACAGCAGGAGCCAAAGUGCAAACUGGAAACUCUCAAGACUGAUCACUGUGGAAAAUGCAGAAUGGCCCCAUCACCCCUAAGAUUUUUCUGUGAACUUGCACUGGACCCAAACACAGCAGAAGGAAACCUCAAACUGUCUACAGACAACAGAAAAGCCGUGUUGGUGAAAGAGGAGCAGCCUGAUCAUCCAGAGAGAUUGGAUAGCUGGAAACAGGUGCUUUGCAGCGAUGGUUUGACUGGGCGCUGUUACUGGGAGGUACGGUGGACAGGAACGGUUACAAUAGGAGUGACAUACAAAGGAAUCGGGAGGAAAGCAUACACUGAUGGCUGCUGUAUUGGAUGGAACAAUCAGUCCUGGAGUCUUUUCUGCUCAGCUCAGCGUUUCACUGCCUGGCACAAUAGCAUACCAGCAGACAUGAAAACAGCCCCACCCGCUGACUCCAACCGAGUAGCAGUAUAUCUGGACUGGCCUGCUGGCACUGUGUCCUUCUAUUGUCUCCCUUGCAUAGUGUCUUCACGAAAACAGAUACAUCUCCACACGUACCAGACCACGUUCACUGAGCCAGUCUAUGCUGCAUUUGGACUUGGACGUGUACUUGAGUUUGAGCCUGAUGGUACAUUGUUAUCAUCCCAGAUUGUUCUGUCUAAAAAUGAAGAAUGA